UAAGACUGGCACCUGGCAAAAUGGGUUGCAGAUAUGGCAAUAGGAUACAAAUAGAGAAAUGACAGAGGAGGCAGAGUCUUGUAAAUUAGGGAAUGGGCCUACAAAAGGUUCAUGGUACAUGUCACUUCAAGAUGCUGUCAUUGACAGGAUUUCUCAGGGUUCCUUCAUUCACAAUUUAGAGAGUUAUUCAGAGGCAGUAAAAAGGAUAUUGUGGCUAAAGGACAAGUUAAAUAUUAACUCAGCCCCUGUUCCUCUAUUGACUCUGGCUAAGGAGUUCAGUGUUCAAUGGAAAGAGACCAGAGCGAUAAGGCAAAGAGCAAGAGGACAUUUGGAAGACCAGAAUAAGAUCUCAUUUUACCUCAUUUCAAGGCCACAGCCAGUGCUUUGUGACAGAGGCUCACAGGGUCCCUUAGUGGCACACAGUUCUCAAGCUGUGCAUCCUGUGCCUGUGCUCCACUUGAUUUACAGAUGGCUGAGCAUCGGAUUGGGAUUCUAGUGAGCUUGUUUCUCCUUGAGGUUCUUCUUUUGGAUGCUGCAAAAAUCCUGACUAUAUCUACAAUUGGUGGAAGCCACUAUAUGUUAAUGAACCGUGUGUCACAAAUUCUUCAAGACCAUGGCCAUAAUGUGACCAGUCUGCUUAAAGAAAAGCUUCUCUAUCCAGAUUUUAAAGAGGAGAAAAUAUCAUACCAGGUUAUAAAGUGGCAUCUAUCUGAAGAUAAGCAAAAGGAAAUUGAUAAUAGAAGACAACUCCUUGCAGAGGAAUUAGUUCAUUACAGGUAA